AUGAAUGUGGUGACACUGGAGUCCAGUCUGUGUCUGUCGUUCAUUGCAUACCACAGUGUAGUGUAUAGGAGACAGAGGUUACGCCCAUUGGCUCCGACACUGUUGGCUGAGCCCGAGCCACUACAGUCUAAUCUAUUGUUUGGACCAAUUGACGGACCGUUGGCUUCAAUAAUGUUUAAGUUUAUGCGAGGAAAGGGAGGUCAGGCCGGUGCUGAUCGCGUUAAACUACAGAAAGAAUUGUUUGCUUUCAAUAAAACUGGGACUCAUGGCUUUCCUCAUUAUCCCAGUGCUUUGGCUUAUGAUUAUGAGUUGGGAUUACUCGCUAUCGGCACACGAAGUGGUUUACUUCGGGUUUAUGGAGCACCGGGUGUCGAGUUUUACGCUCAACUCGAAACUGAGACCGAAAUCAGACAAAUUGUGUUCAUUGAGAAGAGGGCUCAACUCAUAACCCUUUCCGCUGAUAGUUCUCUGCAUUUAUGGGAAAUCAAUACCAAA